GUGGGACAGCAUUGCAACUUUGGACAGGAAGACGAGCAUACGCGUCUUCCACUGUUGUCCGUUCUCUCUCUCGAUUUUCUGAAAAUUGAAACAUAGUCCAUCAAAACAAACGGAAACAGAGGAUCGAUAUUUGGGUUUCAGAUACUCGAGGUUAAUCUAGUGUUGAUCCUUCUUUUGCCUGCUAGCAUUUUGAUCCUGUUAUUGCUGCCCUGGAGGAUUUAGCGGGGACUCAUACUAUCUGUACCUGGACUAUCUGAUACUCUUACCUAGGGAAGUUUUUUAAUCACUUCAACGAUGAGUUUUGUUUUCAGAGGAACUAGAGCAGAUAUAGAAAGCGGAUUUGCAGGUUUUAUUCCUGAACGGCGUUCUGUGCGUGUUCAUGCAGCUCGGCCAGUUAAUACGAAUUCAAUGGCUUUUCUUGUUACAGCAGUUCUACUAUUGUUCAUGAUACUAAAUUCACACCAAAUGUCACCAAACUUUCUGCUCUGGCUAUUUCUGGGUGUCUUUUUAAUGGCUACUAGCCUUAGGAUGUAUGCAACUUGUCAACAACUUCAGGCUCAGGCGCAGGCUCAUGCUGCUGUAGCCAGUGGUCUGCUUGGUCAUACUGAACUGAGGUUGCAUAUGCCACCAUCCAUAGCCUUGGCAACAAGAGGGCGUCUGCAAGGCCUCAGGCUCCAGCUUGCACUUCUUGACCGUGAAUUUGAUGACCUGGAUUAUGAAACUUUGAGAGCAUUGGAUUCUGACAAUGCGUCCACAGCUGCUUCAAUGAGUGAGGAAGAGAUAAAUGCACUUCCCGUUCACAAGUACAAGGUCACUGGUAUACAGAGUGAUGGCUCCUCCAUGCAACAGGCAUCAUCUUCAUCAACAACCGAGAAAAAGCAAGACUCUUGCAAGGCAGAUGGAAACAUCAAGUCUCCAGAAGAUGAACUGACAUGCAGUGUUUGCCUGGAGCAAGUUAAUGUUGGAGAACUAAUCCGCAGCUUACCAUGCUUGCAUCAGUUCCAUGCUAACUGCAUCGACCCAUGGCUGCGGCAGCAAGGCACGUGUCCUGUGUGCAAGUUUAGAGCAGGGUCUGGAUGGCAGGAUAGUGGAGAGAGUGGAAUGGAUGCUUCCUACAUGGUUUGAAGCACUUGCACACCAUUUACAUAUGUAGCUAAUAGAUUUACCUUUAUACACACACAGGCAAAGGUCAAAAGCUCUGAUUUAUAUUAUGUCAUUCUCUAGGAAUGGUGUGAUCUAAGUUUAACAAGGAUGUGAAGAAAAUGAUGAGAUACUGGGUUGGUCCCCCCACCCCCCCAAAAAAAAAAAAAAAAAUUUAACUUCGAAGUUCUAAUGAGAACAGUUUCAGCUAUCAUG